AUGAACAUGUUAAAAUGGAUAGCAACUCGUAGACAAAUUCAUAGCGCGGGUACAUUCCAGUCCAAAACUUAUGCGAGAGCCUGUGGGUGUGCCUGUGUAUUGCAGAGGUGUAGCCACAUGAAACAAGUAACCCACAUUCACCCUCACAUUGUUACCACCGGGCUUCACUACCACGUCUUUCUUGUUACCAUGUAUGUGCUCUACAGAGGUUUCCAAAAUGCACACCUACUUGUUGACGAAAUACCCCAACCAAAUGUGGAUGUUCGGCCAUGGAAUUCCAUGAUUAGAGAAUAUGCGAGGAGCGGGCGGGGGCAGGAAGCCAUUGCUGUUUAUCAUGAAAUGCGAAUACAAGUUAUUCCCAACAAACAGACUUUUGUGUUUGUUCUCGAGGCAUGUGGUCUGCAAGAGGGAAAAUGCAUCCAUUCUCACAUCCACAACUAUGGUUUGCAGUGGGAUCUUUUCGUGGCUACUGCUCUUGUGGGCAUGUAUGCAAAAUGUGGUGUUAUUGAGACAGCACGCCAAGUGUUUGACAGAAUUCCCGUAAGAGAAAGAGAUGUAAUUGCUUGGAAUGCUAUGAUUGCAGCACACGGAAAGCAUGGGAACGUGGAUGAGAUAUUGAGUCUUGUAAGGCGCGUGCCCAAUCCCACCUCCGUCACCAUCAUUACUUUACUUUCUGCAUUUGUGGAUGCAGGCUUUCUGAAACAUGGCAAGCUCAUUCAUGGGUAUAUUAUUAGAGUUGGUUUUCGUACAGAGGUUUCUGUCAUGAAUGCCCUAAUAGACAUGUAUGCUAAAUUAGGCUGCAUACAGACUGCUUUACAGAUGUUUGACAAACUCUCGGAGAAAGCAAAAGAUGUGGUGUCGUGGAGCUCGAUGAUUGCUGGAUUUACCCAAAUUGGGCAGCCACGAGAGGCCUUGACUCUGUUUUUUCGGAUGCAGCAAACAGCUAUACAACCUAACCAUGUCACUUUACUCAAUAUUCUCCCAGCCUGUGCUGCUUUGGGAGCAUUGCAACAUAUCCAUUCCUAUAUUAGAAAACAUGGAUUCAAAUUAGAUGAUGGUUCUCUUGGAAGUGCACUUCUAACUAUGUAUGCCAAGUGCGGGAGAAUAGAUCUUGCUUGGAAAGUUUUUGAUACAUUAUUGAAAAAAGAACCAGUGACUUGGAAUGCCAUGAUUGCAGGAUACAUACAGAAUGGGUUUGUUGAGGAGCCCUUGGUUCUUUUCCAUCAAAUGCAACUGGCUGGUGCGAAACCUGAUGGAGUCACUCUGCUCGGUAUACUCCCGGCAUGUUCUCUACAACAAGGUCAGUGUAUCCACGGCUACUCAAUCACAAGAGGAUUCGAUUCACUUACUUGUGUGUGUAAUGCUGUUAUAGACAUGUACGUUAAAUGCGGUUGUCUAGAGAGUGCACGCCAGCUGUUUGACCGAAUGUCUAAAAGAGAUCUAGUAUCAUGGAACACUGUUAUUGCUGGUUAUGCUCAGAAUGGAGACUUGAACGAAUUCUUGGUCCUCUUUCAUAGAUUGUCACCAGGAGGCGUGAUGCCAAAUGUUGUUACUCUUGUGAGUAUUCUCCCAGUAUGUGGAGAUCUAAAAGCUCUAGUAGAGGGUAAGGGCAUUCAUUGUUACAUAAUUAAAAAGGGAUUUGAUGUAGAUGUAUGUGUCAUGACAGCCCUUGUAGCUAUGUAUGCAAAAUGUGGGGAUACAGAGACUGCUCGCCAAUUAUUUGACAAGAUGUCUAGAAGAGAUUUGGUGUCAUGGAAUGCGCUAAUGUCUGGUUAUGUCCAAAAUGGACAUGCUGGUGACGCUUUGACACUCUUUAAUCAACUUCAAGCGGCAAACGUGAAACCAGACUCGGCCACUGUGGUAAUUGUGCUCUCAGCGUGUGCUCACUUAGGAGCUCUACAAUAUGGAGAGGGGAUCCAUGCCUACAUAAUACGAAGUGGACUUGAGUUGCAUGUUUCUGUGGGAACUGCUAUCAUAGACAUGUAUGGCAAAUGUGGGUGUGUGGACUUUUCAUUUAAAUUGUUUGAAAAAAUGUGCAGUAGAGAUGCAGCCUCAUGGAAUGCAAUGAUUGCUGCCUACGGGAUGAAUGGUUAUGGGGAGAAUGCCCUUGCUCUCUUUUCGCAGAUGCAACAGGUAGGCCCAAUGCCUAACCACAUUACUUUUAUUUGUGUUUUGUCUGCAUGCGCUCACUCUGGCCUUGUGAAUGAGGGUUGGCAAUACUUUGACUGCAUGAGGCAUAAUUAUUGUAUCACUCCAAGGAUUGAGCAUUAUGCAUGCAUGGUGGAUCUUCUUGGCCGUGUUGGGCUUCUUAAUGAAGCACACAAGUUCAUCAUAAACAUGCCUUUAGAGCCUAGUGUUAGUGUGUGGGGUGCCUUGCUCUUUGCCUGCAGAAUUCAUUGCAAUAUCGAGCUUGGUGAACAUGUGGCAAAGUUACUCCUUGAGUUAGAUUCUCAGAAUUCUGGAGCUUAUUUAUUGCUCUCAAGUAUCUAUUCCACAACUGGAAGAUGGGAUGAUGCAACCAAGUUGAAAUCAAUGAUAAAAGAGAAGGGGUUGGUGAAGAGUCCUGGAUGCAGCUGGAUAGCUAUUAAGGGUAGGGUACAUUUAUUCUUAGCAGGAGAAAAAUCAUAUCAACAUUGA